CCCAGUCCCAGCGGUUCGGGUCCGCCCCGGGGUCGGGCGGUGCCGUUGCCGCCCCUCCGCGGUGACAUCAGCCGUGAAAAGGGCGCGGGCGGCGGCAUCCGCCACUGCGGGACCGCACCGGGACCGGGAUCGGAACCGCAGGCAUGGCCAACAGGGGACCAUCGUAUGGGCUGAGCCGGGAGGUGCAGCAGAAGAUCGACCGUCAGUACGACCCCGAGCUGGAGCAGCUGUUGGUGCGCUGGAUGGUGGGGCAGUGCGGAGACGACAUCCCCCAGCCCACACCUGGGCGCGAUGGGUUCCAGCAGUGGCUCAAGGACGGCACCGUCCUGUGCCGCCUCAUCAACAGCCUCUAUCCUCGGGGCCAAGCGCCGGUGGCCAAAAUCCAGGCAUCCUCCAUGGCCUUCAAGCAGAUGGAGCAGAUCUCCCAGUUCCUGCAGGCAGCUGAGCGUUACGGCAUCGCCGCCACCGACAUCUUCCAGACGGUGGAUCUGUGGGAAGGGAAGAACAUGGCGUGCGUGCAGAGGACGCUGAUGAACCUGGGCAGCUUGGCGGUGGCCAAAGGCGAUGGGCUCUUCGUGGGAGACCCCAACUGGUUCCCUAAGAAAUCGCAGGAGAACCGCCGCGUCUUCUCGGAGGAUAAACUGAAGGAGGGGCAGAGCGUCAUCGGGCUGCAGAUGGGCACCAACCGCGGCGCCUCGCAGGCGGGCAUGACCGGGUAUGGGAUGCCCAGACAGAUCCUCUGAACGGCCCCCAAAACCCCCCCCACCCCGACCCCAAAGCUUCCAUGGGGCUGGGGGGGGUCCCCAAAGCGCAUCGCUCUUCCCCAUGGACCCCCCUAUGGACCACCCCAUGGACCCCCUAUGGACCACCCCAUGGGCCCCC